CCGGCCUGGAGGCGCCCGUGCGGCGCGCAGGGCGGGGCCGGACUGGCCUCCCCGAGCGCUGCGCUCGUGGCGGCCGUCGAGGCCGCGGUGGCCGCGUCCUCGAGCUCGAGCACGGAGGGCGCGUGCGAGCAGGCCGUGCGCUCCCCAGACAUGCUCGCGACGUUCAGGAAAAAAAGUCGGGGCGCGGGAGGCUCUGGGCCAUGUUACUGUUCGGCCCCGGGGGGGCCCUCGCCGGGCCUCGGGGCCGUCAAAGAACGGCUCGGGACGAGAAGCCAGUCCCGGGGAACGGGUCGGGAUUUCCAGGGACGCCGUCCUGAAGCAAUCAGGACGUCGCAUGUUUGGGCUCCGCCCGGGAGACGCCGCGGAGCAGCUGCAGCGAGCACCCGGGCGUGGUGGAUCGGCUCACGAUGCUGGCUCUGCGCGAGUCAUUGCGCGGUGGCCCCGUGGUGGAGUUGCGCCAGCCUUCAGCAGAGGCCAGCGCCUGGCCGAGGGGCUCACCAGUGCUGGCGCCGCGCUCGUGGGAGCCUGGCCAGCUCCCGCACGCGGCGGAGCCCGCGGCCGCGCGGCGGCGCUGGGCCUCCAUCUCGGGCUCGGACUGCGACGAGGCGUCUCCGAUGCUGUGGCCGAUGCGCUCGCCGCUGCUGCGAGCCAGCUACCGCACGCCGCACUCUGCGCCUGGUGCGCACGCAGGUGCGGCGCUGGCGAUGGCCACCGCAGCGCAGCGCUGGCAGAGGCCCCAUCAGCCGGCCCACUGCGCCGCGGUGGGCGCUGCCACGGCACCGACGGCGGACGCGGCAGGAUCGCCGUUCAUGCUGCCCCAGUCGCACGACAUGGACCUCGCAGGGUACGAUCUAUCGCCGUGCCUCGAAGAGGCCGCCGCCCAAGCGCCGCCGCUCUCCGCCUCGCUCAGCACCGACGCGCAGGAGUUCACUCCAGGAGCGUUCCCCAUCUGCGAGAGAACCACCCCGGAGCUGGGGCAGGCCGCGGCCCCGCGGCUGCCGCCGAGGGCUCCCCACGACCUCCAGCUGGGGCUCCUCUGUGCGGGCAGAGGCGACAGGCUGCCAGACGAGGCGUUGGUGGUCGAAGAGUACAUGGCCGAGUCGUACGCCCUUGACGCAUGCGUCGUCGACGGGUACUGGGUCGAUGGUUACGCGGUCGACGGGUAUGCCAUUGACACGUCGGCGGCCUGCGUCAGGGAUGCAGGCACGCUGGCGCAGCAGAGGCAGUCUGAAGCAGCGCCGCGGAUUUUCAACGGCUGGACGGUCGUCUGGGUCGGAGACCGCGCCUUCCGCGCCGUGGAUGCCAGGAAGGCCGAGAUCAGCAGCAUGGGCUUCCUCGUGAAGGUCUACAAGAACCAGGACAAGUGCUGCCGCGCCCUCGACAAGAAGCCCACCAUCCCGAAGAGCACGGUGUUCCUGGUCUCCGAGGCAGAGUCCCGGCAGCUCGUCUCCUACCUGCGCGGCCGCGGCGCUGGCGGCCUCCGCGUGGUGAUCGACGCCGAGGGCGCGGUGGGCGACGCGGAGCGCCUGCGCGAAGAGCUGGGCGUGCUGGAGGAUAGCGCCGACUGCCCGACUAUCGCUCACAGUUGGGAGGAAGUCGUGAGCUCGCUUUGCAGCAUCGGCGUCGUGGCCGCGGCACCCGCGGCAGGCCAUGUGCAGCAGCUGGCGGGCCGAGCGCCGCAACACCCAGUGCAUCCCAGGCGCGAGGAGACUGCCAAGCUGGCCGGUGCGACAGCCAGGACGGCAGCUGAGCCAGCAGCCUUCGAGCGAGGCCCCAGAGGCGGGCCUUCGCGGGCGACGGGCGCCGCUGACAGCGCCGCUCUCGGCACGCUCCAGGCAGAAGGCGGGGCCGCGGCGUCUGGCGGCGACGGCGCGGAGGGCAAGUGGACGCUCGUAUGGGUCUCUGAGCUCGCCUUCAAGCCCACCGCGGUUACGAUGAAGGCUCGGCUGGAGGCGCUGGGGUGCCAGGUCAAGGGCUACAAGGCCCACCGCAACGCCACCAGGGCCCUGGACAAGAAGCGCGCGCUGGUGCGGACGGUCGCGCUGGUCAGUGGCGGAGAGGCAACGCCACUGCUCGCCUACUUCGCGUCGAGGCCGGAGCUCGGCGCGGUGCCGCUGGUAGUGGAAGCCUCGCAGCGCACCCUGCGGUUUUGCAGCAGCGAGGCCGUCGAGGUCGCAGAGGAUUUCGAGGCGGCGGUGGCGAUGGUGCAGCGGAUCGCCACCGAUGCGGGCUGGACUUGAACGCUUGAGCGGCGUUGCUGCCCGCCUCUCCACAGACACACCUCUCGCUACCCAUGGUGCCCUCGAGAAGCUAUCGAGGGCGCCAGGCCGCCGCUUCGUCGCGCGGGGGGGAA